AUGGGCCGUUGGCCGUGUGAUGAGGAGGACUCCCGCAGGGCUCAUCCUAGUGGCUGUGCGGGUGGAGAAAAAAAUUGUGUGGAGGUGAUGAAAGGAGAAGUGAAUGGAGGAGAGGAAGAGUGGAUUUGGGAAAGAUCUAGGCCAGAGGAGAGGAGGAGGUUAACGGCGGGGGUGAUAGGGUCUGCUAAAGGAGAAGAAAAAAAGGGUAUUUUGCUGCCACAGGAGGUGGAGGAUGCGAGUAAGGGAUUGCCACCUGAAGGGAAAAUGGUGACGGGGAUGGUGGAUGAAGGGAGAAUUCUUGCAAUCAAGAGAAACAACAAGAACCCUAACUGCGUAGAGGAAGGUGGAUGGUGCGACGGUGUGGUGGAUGGCAUGGCGGUAGACAAUGAUGCAGCACUGACCGUUGACCGAAAGAGUGAAAGAGAGGGAGCGGUUAUAGAGUGA